CCGAAAAGGGACAAUUCGCCGAAAAGGACAAUUCACCGGAAAGUACAAUUCACCGAAAAGGACAAUUCACCGAAAAGGACAAUUCGCCAAAAAUCUCAGAGUCAAGAAACCCUCAAAAAUUUCUAUCAAAAAUUUAAGCGGACAUUUCACCGAAAAGGGACAAUUCGCCAAAAAUCUCAGAGACAAUUCACCGAAAAGGACAAUUCACCGAAAAGGACAAUUCACCGAAAGGGACAAUUCACCGAAAAAGACUAUUCACCGAAAAGGACAAUUCACCGAAAAGGACAAUUCAUCGGAAAGUACAAUUCACCUCCUAAUGGCACAGAAACCCCCUAAUUUUCAAUCCCUCCUUCUCCCUCCCUUACAUCCCCUUUUAAAAAUUUUUCAAACAGGACUAGAAAAACUCGAGAAUUCUAUCAAUGAAUUGGUACCCAACGACGAUGAGCGAAAACCGCUAGUCGAUGGAAGCAAUGAAAAUCAAGGCUCUGAUCAUGGCUGCUUUGAGGGAUGGCUAAACUAUAGAAAUGAGCUUUGUUUUUACGGUUCUCAGAUAGCAGGAAGUUUUUUCGAAGGGAGAGAACAAUGUGGACUUUUAAAUGCAAAUUUUACUUCUGUCCAUAGUUUACGUGAAUUUAAAUUUAUUACUGACAAUUUUGAUCUGAAAGAAUAUUGGAUUGGUCUAGUUUAUGGAUCGCCAAAUUUUGAAGAUGGAACUGAAGUAACUAUUUUAUGUUUAUGAGAUAGACAUGAGGACAGGGCUGUCAACAAGCUGAGGAAAAUGUAAUUGUGGAUAUCUACAGCUUAAAAGAUUUUUCUCGUGGACAGCCCUUGAUGGGGAAUGGAUUUAAAAAUAUCACAUAUCCCCGAGUAUCCCAUAGGAAUAAAAAAAAUAUUUAGGGAAGUCCAGAUACAAGAAAACAGGGGAAGCUUUAUCCAAACGAAGAGACUUGGGAAGAGUUCCUCCCACCGAAAAGAAUGAAGAGACUGGGGAAGGGUUCCUUAUAUAGAGAAGUUCACUCUCGAAAGAGUUCACUAUAUGGGAAGUUUUCUCAUAAAGUCCAUUAAAUAGAAGUUCGUCGUUAUAAAAAUUUUCCACAGGUAGACCAAGAAGUUUUUUGGCAAAUCGCAGACAGAGUUCCAUGGGCACACCCGUCAACAUUAAAAGGGUAUAUUUGUAAAGCUGUUGCCGAAGCCGAUGCUGGAGUUAUCG